AUGGCUCGGCGUUAUGAUACUCGUACAACAAUAUUUUCACCCGAAGGGCGCCUGUAUCAGGUUGAAUAUGCAAUGGAAGCUAUCAGUCAUGCUGGAACAUCGCUCGGCAUUCUGGCUACAGAUGGGAUAUUACUUGCGGCAGAACGUCGUAAUACCAACAAACUGCUAGAUGAAGUUUUCUUCUCUGAAAAAAUAUACAGAUUAAAUGACGACAUGGUGUGUUCUGUCGCCGGGAUUACGUCAGAUGCAAAUGUUUUGACUAAUGAGUUACGUCUCAUUGCCCAGAGGUAUCUACUACAAUAUGGAGAAUCAAUCCCAUGUGAACAACUUGUGUCUUGGCUUUGUGAUGUUAAGCAAGCAUAUACACAAUAUGGAGGUAAGAGGCCGUUUGGUGUAUCCAUUUUGUAUAUGGGCUGGGAUAAACACUAUGGCUACCAAUUAUAUCAAUCUGAUCCUAGUGGUAACUAUGGAGGAUGGAAGGCCACGUGUAUUGGCAACAAUAGUGCUGCUGCUGUAUCAAGUCUUAAGCAAGAAUACAAAGAGAAUGAAACAACACUGGCAGAAGCACAAGCCUUGGCAAUUAAGGUCCUUAGUAAGACCUUGGAUAUGACCAAGCUCACACCAGAGAAAGUUGAGAUGGCAACACUUACUCGUAAGGAUAACAAAACCAUAAUCAGAAUUUUAACAAGCUCAGAAGUGGAAAAACUUAUAGCUGAUUUUGAAAAGAGCGAGGCAGAAGCCGAAGCCGCCAAGAAGCAACUUCCUAAAUCAUAA